CGCUUGCCAUCCUUUCUCCUCCCUGCAGUACAACAAGACUUCCUCUGUUCGACUCAUCAGCAGUCAGAGUUUCGGAGUGUGCAGACAAUCAAUCGGGUCGAUUUGCUAUGCUUGCGAAAGUCUUUUCUGAGAUGUGCUGUAUGUAAGAUUCUUUUUCGCGGAGUGGGUUAGGCUAGGCGUAAGCAGGCCGGGAUUGCAGCUAAUUGUAAUAUUUUGUAGCUAACUCCAUUCUGCCGUAGCCAUGGAGGUUCUCUCCAGAGUUAAGUUUGCUGCUCCUACUUGCUCUAUUUCGGAGGGCUCCUCUUCGCCUACCCAUGCGCAAGUGGGCCAAUCAUCCUCUUCUCUGUUCGUUGCUGUCUCUCGACGGCCUCAUGCAUUUGUGGGUUCUCUCUUAGCAUCCACCGUGUCUGUCAUAGCCUCCGUUCCGGCGGGGUUAGCGUUGAAUUACGACGAAUUUGUGAAAGGGGGUAGCAAUGCAGCAGCAUCUGCGACCUCCGCGGCCGACUCUUUCUCUUUUGAUGUUCCCGACAUCAUUGAUUUCGAUGCUGCAACUGAUUUCAUGAGCUCCAACCCCGUGGCGGCACUUGCUGGCCUCGCAGCUGUCGCUGUACCCUUGAUCGCAUUCCGGGCGUCUGCAGCCCCGCAAAACUUUGGUUCAGUGUCAGCCCUUGAGGCCUUCACCAAGCUCUCUGACCCGGAGCAGAAUGCGCAGCUUUUGGAUAUUCGCGCACCAGAAGAUAUCAAAUCAGAAGGUACCCCUAACCUUAAAUCUCUCAGGAAGAAAGCCGUGCAGGUGCCGUACACAGCUGCGGAUGAUUCCUUCCUAGACAAGGUUUUUGCCAAAUACCGCGACGCCGAGAAUACCACUGUCUACAUUUUGGACCAAUUGGACGGAAAUUCUCUUGCAGUUGCAAAGAUUCUCGCUAACAAUGGCUUCGAGAAGGCGUACUCCAUCAAAGGAGGCGUAGAAGGCCCCAAAGGAUGGCUGAGCAGUGAAUUGCCGUGGCAGUUGCCGAGGAAGGGUUUCAGUCUUGACCUCAGCGGUUUGAAGGAUCUUCUUUCUGGCAACGCGGACCCUAGCCUUGUGCCGACAACUCUAGGAGCAGCCGCUGCUGCAGGAAUUGGUGUUGCCGUCUUCACUGAGGCAGAGACUGUUCUGCAGUUGUUAGGGUCAGCCGCAUUUGUGCAGAUAUUCUUUAAAAAGUUCAUGUUUGCGGAGGAUAGAGAAAAGACCGUCAAAGAGAUUCAAACUUUCCUAGACACCAAGAUUGCUCCAAAGGAGUUUGUUGACGAGAUCAAGGAGGUCGGCAGAGUGCUGCUACCAAAGGAUGGUGAGUCCAGCUCUGCAGUUACAAAAGGUGACGGUGCAUCAGUGAACAGUUCGAAAGUAGAUUCUGUCGCAGUAGAGGCAGCUGGUGAAAAAGUUAAGGCAGCAUAACUUAGCACUAAACCAAUACGAAAUCAGCCGACUCAAAGCCUGUGAUUCUUGUUCUAUCUUUAAUUAUUCUUUUUUGCAUUUUUCUCACA